CCUUAGGAGGGAGAGCACAAUACAAUGGUGUUACAGUGACGACGACGGUCCAGUUUUCUUCUACCAAGAAAUGAUUCCUCAAAGGACUUCUUGUGAUUCCAGUACAUAAGAAAGACAGCAACAGCCAGGAGGCACCGUCAUGACGUAAGUGAUUGGCUGUAAGCUACUGCCUGAGGGCGCCUGAAAGCUGCUCCAUCGCUCUACCAACAUAGCAUCAGCAUUCGAAAGUGCCUACACCUACCUCUCAUGCACUUGCGAAGAUGACUCGCCGCAGCUCAGGGUUUGUCAGCAAAAAGCCGCAUCGCAAGUCUCGCGGUGGAUGCUCUACAUGCAAGCGCAAGAAAGUCAAGUGCGAUGAAGGCCAACCGAUAUGUGGCUAUUGCUCGUUGCGUAAAAUGAGCUGCGAUUACCUCCCAGAAUUAAUAUCUGCAUCGCCAGCAUCUACUGCUACUUUUAACACGCCCUCCGACCAAACCUCGGACGAAGAAAUAGACUUCAACAACACUGCGGUACCGAUAUUUUCGUGCCUAAUGCCAGCCAUACCAGCAAGCUCUGGUCUUAUGUCAGACUCAGAUAUCGAACUACUACACCACUACAAGACCUUCACAUGGCAAACGAUUACGGUACGAGAUGACGAGGCCGUGGUAUCGCUCCAUAGAGACUCCAUUCCUCGGCUUUCGCUCUCACAUUCGCACCUGAUGUACGCACUGCUUAGCAUCGCGGCAUCCCACAACAAUAUGCUGGCACCCUCCAAACAAUCCAAACAACUCGCACUAGUGCAUCGCCAGCAAACCUUUGCCGAAUAUAGCAAAGCACUGCAAAAUAUCACCGCAGAGAACUACGAAUCCGUUCUCGUCACUGGCAUGCUCCUACUGAGCCUAAUCUCGCCGCCAGAAUCGGAAACUGCAGGUAGCGAUGCUUACCUAGCGUGGAUGGAUACGUUCUUGAAGAUGAGCGAGGGCCUACGGAUCCUUGCGUCUCUACGCUGGGCAGCAGGAAUCGAAAAACUCUCCGUCUACCCUCUCAUCUGCAGAGAACUGCGAACACUACCUCCACCACCCAUCUUUCACUCUAGCGACGAUCGUUACCUGCAUUCUCGUAUCGGCGCAGUAGGAACGACGCCUGACUACCCCAAUCCACCGUCAACGUACUAUCUGAAGCACUCCGAAGCAUUUCCAGUCUUUCUUCCUCCACCUUUAAUGAAUCUUCUACUCUCGAUCAGCCAUGCAAAAUCAGGUUCAGGUCCAAUUGACUUGCAUGCGAACACAAUAUAUCCUGUGUUGCAAGCCUUCAGCCCAAUAUUCUUGAGUCUAUACUACUACCAUCUCAACCCAGACUUUUUUGUCCGCAUAUUCGUCUUCUGCUCAUUUCUUAUGCCGGAGUUUCUCUUGCUUGUCAAACAAAGAGAGCCGAGGGCGCUUGUGCUUGUUGCAUGGUGGUUUGCACUUGCAGGUCUAGCACCAAGAGGUUGGUGGAUCGGCGAGGCCGUCGAGAAGGUGGUAGAGGCGGUAGGUAACAUUGUCCUAGCAGAUUCAGAUGCAACCACAAGGGCAGCCUUUAACAGCGUUGACUCGUUCAUUCAUGUGCUUCGCGCUGAAGGCAGUGAAGCUGCUGCGCAAAACGUGUUCGAAGGGUGGAGUGGCAUUCAUUGGGACGAAGGACCUCUGAAGGCAGAAGAGUGGGAGAUGAGCCUCCUCACGGAUUGGAGCGAAGAACUGAGUUUCGACAUCGGACAUCCAGCUUGUUAAAUCGCGUCGUACCGGAUGGAUAUCAUAGAUCUGGAUACAGACUCUAGAGGGGAGAGAAUUGUGAAGAU